AUCUGUAUGUCGAUCGCACAUAACAACGCUGUUUCUACGCAGUAUACAGAUCGAUCAACAACAACAAGACGCGCGCGAUGGUCUGCACGAAGGCCCUCCCGCUAGGAAUUGUGCUUCUGGUGGUCGCCGCGUCGUUGCUGGCGCCGGCGGUGGGUGAGAGCCGCCGUGCUGCUCGGAAGGACCUCGGCAUCAACCUCGGGAAUGGCAUUGGGAUCGGGAUCGGGAUCGGGAUCGGCGUAGGUGCCGGGGGUUCUGGCUCCGGCUCCGGUUCUGGUUCAACUUCUUCGUCUGGCUCUGGUAGCUCGGGAUCAGGGUCAGAGUCUGGAUCAGGGUCGGGGGGUCUGGGCCUUGGGCUUGGCGUUGGAGUUGGUAUAGGUUUAGGAGGUGCCGGUGGCUCAGGUUCAGGCUCUGGAUCAGGCUCCGCGUCGGCAUCUGGCGGCUCUUCAGGCUCGGGAUCCGGUUCUGGAUCAGCCUCGGCUUCUGGUUCGGGUUCAGGCUCGGGCUCUGGAGGGGGCCUUGGGAUUGGACUCGGUGCCGGAGUUGGUGGUGGUCUCAGUGGCUCCGGCUCCGGCUCCGCAUCCGGGUCGGGAUCGGGUUCUGGCUCGGCGUCCGGGUCAGGAUCAGGUUCAGGCUCGGCCGCUGGUUCCGGGUCCGGUGCUGCUUCAGGUGCAGGCUCAUCAGCAGGAUCCGGUGCGGGCUCUGGUGCUGCUUCAGGUUCAGGCUCAUCAGCGGGAUCCGGUGCAGGAUCCGGUGCUGGCUCUGGUGCGGGAUCAGGGUCUGGUUAUAGUCAAGGGCAAGGUGCAGGUGAGGGCCAAGGCCAAGGAUCCGGGUACGGUGAAGGUCAUGGCUCGGGCCAUGGACAAGGUUCAGGGUAUGGUGAAGGUCAUGGUCAAGGAAGUGGCUCCAGUCAAGGAUUGGGCUAUGGCGAAGGUUACGGCUCUGGUCGCGGCCAAGGCUCUGGCCAAGGAUCCGGAUCCGGCUAUGGCGAGGGCUAUGGCUCGGGUCAUGGGGCCGGCCAAGGAUCCGGAUACGGUGAAGGAUACGGCGAGGGUUCAGGAAGCGGAUAUGGAGAUGGUUUAGGCUCAGGCUACGGCGAGGGACACGGAUACGGGUACGGUUCUGGGCACGGCAAAUAAGACCAUGGACAAUCGUUUGCAUUGCCAGCCGGUGUGUUUUCUGUUCUCUGUGACUGUAUGUAUCCGUACAAUAAAUCUGCGUGACGAAUUAUAUGGUUGUAAAAACCAUGCGUGCUCACUGUUAACCAUCCAAGGCUUGAUGAGUUGAUGCUAAGCGAAGUCCAAUCAA